GGGAAGGGAAGGGAAGGGAGGCGCCGCCGCCGCCGCCGCCGCGCACCGGCAGCCGGAAAGGGAGGGAGGGAGCCGCCGCCGCCGCCCGUGGCCGCAUGGAGAGAAGCCGCCUGCCUCCCGCUUGGACCGCCCGGCAAGAGGAGGAGGAGGAGAGCCGCCGCCGCCCAGGCGGGAUGGCUGUCUCUGAACACUGGCAGGACUGCUGUGUUGAAUGGCAAAUGAUGGCUCUGCAUGGCAAGUCCCUGGUUCCGAGGGCUCUGGGAGCAAGAAAUGUGUGUCUGAGGCGCAGGGCAGCUGGACUGUCUGCUUGAAGGCCCUUGGAAGUAAGAGCCAACUCUCUCACCUGUGCCCAGUUGCUGACCCCUGUGCGUCUGGCUCAAAGUCCCUGAGCUCCUCCAGCCACUGGACAUCAGCGUGGUAGGCAGAAAGACACAGAAAUGUCAUGAAAGGUCUCUUUUGCCCAGCAACUGCUCAGCUGCAGCACAGGACCCCACACAGUCUUUCUUUCUUGAACAAAGUCCGGGGGAGAAGCCGCUGGGGAGCAUCAGCAAGGCCAGAAGGGACCCUGCACACUCCACCCCGAUGAACUCUCCCCUGCCCCCGUGCUGCAUUUUGUCUGCAGUUUGCACUUUGAGCUGAAGAACCUCACCAAAGCACCCCUGCCUCCUUGGGCUGGAAGGAAUCGGAGGGGAGAGCUGAAGCCGUGCAAUUCCCCCUGUUCUUAGGUCCAGUCAGUUUUACAUGGUGGGUUCCAGCUAAGCUGUCAGCACACUUUACAAUUCAGCAAACUGCAGCAGAGAAGAAGGGGUUUUCCCUUCCUUACCAUGGAAAGAGUGGUCUUUUACCUACUGUUGAUAUGCACUGCUGUGAAGGCCAUGAUGUGUCCCACGAGGUGCAUGUGCCAGAGUCUGUCUCCAUCCUUCACCAUCCUCUGCGCAAAGACAGGACUUCUCUUUGUUCCUCCCACCAUUGACCGGCGAACAGCAGAGCUCCGAUUGAUGGAUAACUUCAUCACGACACUCCGGCGGAAGGAUUUUGCUAACAUGACCAACCUGAUUCACUUGACGCUGUCCCGAAAUACCAUUAGUCAGGUUAUGCCAUAUGCAUUUUUUGAUCUUAAAGGCCUUCACGCUUUGCACCUGGAUAGUAACAGACUCACCUCUAUUCAUGAGGAUCACUUCAAAGGGUUAGUCAACCUGCGACACUUGAUUCUCAGUAACAAUCAGCUGAGCUCUGUUUCUCCUGGCUCUUUGGACGAUUUCAUCGAUGUGCUUGAGGAUCUGGAUCUAUCUUAUAACAAUCUUGUCCACAUUCCUUGGGAAACUGUUGGGAGGCUUUCUAAUGUCAACACCAUCAGCUUGGAUCAUAACCUCAUAGAUUUUGUUCCUGAAGGGAUUUUCUCAAAUCUUCAUAAAUUGGCUCGGUUGGACAUGACAUCCAACAAGUUGAAAAAGAUCCCCCCAGACCCCCUCUUUUCUCGAAUCCCUGUCUAUGCCAAGCCAAAGGGGUCCCCUUUGUCCUCUCUGGUGCUGAGUUUUGGGGGGAACCCCUUGCACUGCAACUGUGAGCUCGUGUGGCUGAGGCGCCUGACCAGGGAGGAUGACCUGGAGACGUGUGCCUCCCCUGCAGAGCUGAUGGGUAGGUACUUCUGGUCCAUUAAAGAGGAGGAGUUUGUCUGUGAGCCUCCCAUGAUCACACACAGAACCCCAAAGCAGGUGGUCAGGGAGGGCCAGAGUGUCUCUUUGAAGUGCAAAGCGGUUGGUGACCCAGAGCCAUACGUUCGCUGGAUUUCACCUGGGGGGAAGCUGGUCUCCAACACUUCCCGGACAAUAUCCUAUGACAAUGGGACCCUGGAUAUCUUGGAGGCAUCGGGGGAGGAAAAGGGGAUAUUUACUUGUAUAGCCUCUAAUGCUGCUGGAGAGUCGACUGCACCAGUUGAACUUCUGGUUAAUUCAUUCCCUGACCUUGCGAACAGCACAAACUGUGAUAAAGAAGCAGAGCCUGGCCCCUCCGACAUCUUGACCUCGGCCAAGUCCAGCUUUCCCAAUGAAACCAAAUCUUUCCCAGAGAGGAAGGUGGUCAUCGCUGAGCUGACCUCCUCCUCUGCUCUCAUCCGGUGGCCUUCCCAGCACCACAUCCCAGGAAUACGGAUGUUCCAGGUCCAGUAUAAUACCUCGGCUGAUGAAAUCCUGGUAUACAGGAUGAUCCCAGCUGCCAGCAAGUCCUUCUUCCUGACUGACCUGAUUGCUGGGCGUGACUACGACCUUUGCGUUCUCGCCGUUUACGAGGAUGGUGUGACGUCUCUGACAGCAACCACCGUGAUUGGAUGCGUGCAGUUCACCACGGAGGAGGAAUACAGGCAGUGCCGAUCCCUCCAUGCCCAGUUCCUGGGUGGGACAAUGAUCAUUAUUAUUGGAGGCAUCAUUGUGGCAUCAGUUCUUGUUUUCAUUUUCAUCCUCCUGAUGAAGUAUAAAGUUUACGCCAACCACCACAAAAGUAAAAACACUAAAGUGAGCAACGUCUGUUCUCAGACCAAUGGCAGUCAAAGGGGCUCCCUGGCUCAUUCCAGCUCCAAACUGGCUGAGGGGCACCUCUGUCUACCCCAGGAAUGCUCAGGAAUGCCCGUCAAGGGCAAAGCAGUGAGAGAGCAAGACGGUGAAAGAGCAGCACCCACAGUCACUUUACGAAACGAAGCCUUGUUCCAGUAGCCCCCUUGCUGCUGGCUACUGAUGGCAGCGUUGUGCAGAACAACUCACCUGGUGGUAUUUUAUGCUUCACUACUAUUGUCUAUUUUUAAGAUCAGAUGGUUUAAAAAUAUUUUUUUAAUCUGUAAAUGUUCUUGCAUUCUUACCUAUUUUUGUUGCACUAUAUUAAAGUGUGUGAUUUCCAA